UAUAUUUAGAUUAAAUAUUUGAAUUUGGUAUAAAAUGAAUAAUCAAGAAAAUAUUAAUCAAAGUGAAGUUGUAUCUUGUAAAAAAUGGUUAAACGAGAGAAACAAUAGAUUUACAACAUUGAUGACACCGUAUGCAACUUUUUUAGUCAAAUAUCCUUCUGUUGUUGUAAUACUACUAUUAAUAGUGAUCGUUUUAACUAACCUGCUCAGUGUAUGGAAAGUUCUUGGCGCAAAAGAUCUACCAAAUUUUGGAGAACCUACCAAAGGUUUUGAGCCACGAGGAACAAAAAUUUCAUCAAAGGAUAUAUCUUUAAAAAAUCUUUUAAAUCAAAAUGGAAUAUUGACAGGAAAUGCAUCUCAUAGAACUGUACGAAGCACUGAUAAAAUUUUAUUUUACCCUGUAGAGCAUAAUAUUGAUGGAUGUGCGCUUGUUUUUGAACAAAAGGACCAGAAAGAUUUAUUUUCUUAUAUGCAAGGUGUAUGUAAACUACACAAGGAAAUUUUGUUAGAUUUUCCAGGUUACAACAACUAUUUCAGAACAGAAGUUAAGAGUCACCACAUUCCAAACUACAUAGCUUAUUUUUAUAACAAACCAGAUUGUUUUUCUAUCAAUGAAACUGAUGUCUAUAAUUUUAAAAAGUUACUUGUUGAAUGCAUUCCGUUUUACAAAAACAAUACAAUUACUGAUUGCAAAGAAAAUGAUUUAAUAUGUGCAAAUUAUUAUUUUUCUAAAUGUUUUCAGCAUGAAUUAAUGUCAGCUCAAGAAGUUGCAUCGACUUUACACAAUGUUUAUUUUUAUUUAGUAGAAAAAACUUGGGUAGAUGAUCCAACCAAACCAUUAAGAGUUACACUCAGUGUUGAUCCUAACUCACAGUGGAAUAGCAAUAUACAGAAAAAUUUUUUUAAACCACUUUAUGAUAAAUACCUGACAGAUCUUUCUAAGGCAAGGAAGUAUGGUAUUCAGAUUAGCAGCUUUGAUUUUUAUAACUUUAAGUAUUACAUAUUUGAGAAUGCCAUUGUUACCCAGUCUUUGUUAAUAAUCACUGCUGUUUUGUUUGUUGUUUUAUUUUUAUGGUACUUUAGCAACUCACUUUUUAUUAGUUUAAUGACUCUUGCUUGUGUUAUAAUUUCAAUCACAAUAUCUUAUUUUGUUUAUGGAAGAGUUUUUGACAUGGAUUUUUUUCCAUUUUUAAAUAUGGCAACUUUAAUUUUUCUUGUUGGUGUUGGAGCAGAUGAUGCAUUUGUUUAUAUGGGAGUUUGGAAAGAUGCCAAACAGUCUUAUGUAUUGAAGAGUUAUGAACUGCAUCAGGAGUAUUUAAUCAUAUGGACUAUACACGCAUUAAAGCAUGCCAUUCUUCCAAUGUUUGUAACAUCUUUUACAACAGCUGCAGCUUUUUAUGCAAACAUUUCUUCAAACAUCACAUCAGUAAAAUGUUUUGGUCUUUAUGCUGGCACUGCUAUUAUAGUCAACUACUUACUUAUGAUUACAUUCUUUCCAGUUGUUGUUAUUUUGCAUGAGAAAUAUUUUAAAAAAUGCAUGGCUCGCUGUUUGCCGUGCUGUUGCACAAACGAUUUGGUGCUAUCUACAUCUCAAAAGCAAAAUGGAUACGUUUUAAAGUUUCAGAUGUUGUUCUCAUCCUUGACAAACUUCAUGUUUAAUCUGUUUAUCCCAACUAUCUUGCGAAAACUUAAAUAUUUUUGGCUUAUUUUGUUUAUUUUAAUUGGUAUUGGUGGACUGUUAGUCACAUUUUUUAAGCCUGGACUCCAGUUACCCUCAUCUCAAGAGUUCCAGAUGUUUGGUAGUGGUACAUCAAUUGAGCAGUACAGUUUAAAUGAUAAAAAAAAAUUUGAAUUUAGUAAGGGUACCUAUCAAAUGGAAGCAACUUUUGUUUUUGGUGUAGAAGCUGUUGAUAAUGGCUACAAGUUUAAUCCAGAUGAUCACGGUUCUCUGGUCCUUAAACCAGGUACUCUAGAUUUAGCUUCCGAACAGAUUUGGCUGCAGCAUUUUUGUCAAAAUGCAAGGAAAGCUUCAUUUUUUAUUUCUUCUCCAUCAUGUGAUUUGGUAUUAAAUCUGUUUAGUUUGCUUGAAGGUCCUUGUAGACCAGAUCAGACUCAAUGUUGCAAUAAAACACUGCCAUAUGAUAAAAAUGAGUUUAAUACUUGUUUCUACUCAACUUUAGAAAUGUUUCCGAUAACUAAUGCUAUUCUUUUUGACACAUUAGGAAGACUGCGAGUACUUAUUAUUAAAAUACAAACAAACUUUCUGUAUUCUCUACAAUACUCAUCAAGUGACGCUGCUUAUAAUGAUCUUGAUAAAUGGUUUUCAACCCAAAUAAAAAAUGCUACAACUAACAUUUUUCGAGAAUCAUGGUGGAGACUUCCUCUACAAUUUUAUGAUUUACAAAAAAGUCUCUUUGAAGGAACUAAACAAUCACUUGGAAUUUCUGUUGGUGUUGCAUUUAUUGUUAUACUUUUUACAACAUGGAACAUCCUUCUUAGUAUUUAUUCAAUCAUUACAAUCGCUUUUAUACUUUCUGUUACAAUUGGUGUGUUAGUUUUGUGUGGAUGGCAUUUAAAUAUUAUGGAGUCAAUUAUCUUUUCUGUGGCAGCAGGUUUGUCAGCAGAUUUUACACUGCACUAUAGUAUAGCCUACCUUGCUUCUUCCAUAAAAGAUAACAAAGUUGAAAGAACUUUGAAUUCUUUGAAAAACAUUGGACCUGCUGUUUUAAUGGGUGCUAUUACUACAUUUAUUGCUGGUCUUGUUAUGGUUAUGUCAUCAGUGUUGGUUUACGUGCAAAUGGCGCAUUUUCUUAUGCUAAUUAUGUUUACAAGUUGGGCGUAUAGUACUUUUUUUUUGCUGCCAUUAUUAAUGAUAAUGGGCCCAUUAGGAAAUACAGGUCAAUUAGUAAUUUGUAAAGUAAAGAAAUCUACUCAAGUAUUUGUAAAUCAUAAGUUGGAACCUUUAAAUGAACUUACCGCAAUGAAUUCAAAACAGAUUAAUGAGCUUACAGAAAAAACAUAAACAUAUUAAUGAAAAUAUUUAACAAACAAUCGUUAGAGAAAAUACUAUUAUCAAUAUAUAAAAAAAAAAAAUUUAAUUACCUAAAUUUAAUGAAGGGGCAUAAUUUUCU